GGUACCUGGCAUAGAGGCACGGGCAUGCCAUUUGGCAUGCCACAAAGACAAACUAGUUUAUUAGUAAAAAACAUAGUAAAAAGUGGCACAGGCAUGCCAGAUAGUGGCAUGCCUAUGGCCCAAAUAAAUUUAUGCGUGCCAGAUACCCUAUACUCGCCUAAAAAGUAUAAAAAAGAUCUUCAAAUUGAUGGAACAUUCUUUCAUGUUGAUCCUUGGCAGAACCGUAUUCUGACCAUGCAAAAACGUGCAUCUCCUUUAUCAAGCGAUAUUUCAGAUAAAAAACAGAAAUUAGAUAUCACAAUUUCUGACCGGCUUUCCGGAACAAUUGAAUCCAGUCAAAAAUCCUGUGAAGAAAUUUUCAAUUCAAAUUACACCCAGCCGCAAUUUAUUUCCAAUUUUCAUAAGGCCCUUAGAAAUCGUCAAGAUUUCAAAGAUCCGUUAUCCAAUGCUACUAUAUAUGGUUUUCCGUUUCCCAUUGCAAUUCUCCCUGAUAUCUUUCCUUCACAACUUCUUGAAUCCGUGAAAGCAGAACUUGAAUCUGAAGAAUUUUAUCAAAAGUCCAAUGAUUUAUACGAAUUUUAUCAAAGUGAAGAAUUAAAACUUUCAAAUAAUCCCAAUACAAUAAAAUUACGAGAAAUAAUUUAUUCUAAAGAUUUUGUUCAAACCAUAUCUGAAUUAACAGGAAUUCAACUUGAUUCUACACCGGAUUUAUCAGCGCAUCAAUAUUUGCAAGAUUGGGUAAAGGAGAAUGGUGGUAAUUUGGAUUUAUUUAACAUUGAUAGUCAAGGUCACCCAAAUAAAGUUUCACUUUCAAUAACUCCAAAAUGGAAUACUAUGGUAUUUUUCGAACUUAGUCCAACUUCAUAUCAUCAAGUUUCUGAAGUGUUAACUUCAGCAAAAGUUCGUCUAUCAAUUUCUGGUUGGUUUCAUGGAACUCUUAAUACCAGAUUAUCAUGUGCUCAAUAUAUCCCCCCGGUAUCCGUAGAUCCUGAUUAUUACAAUAUAAAUGAAAUUAUUAAUCCAAGUUAUUUAACAGAACAAGGUAUUAAAGAUAUUAUUAAAGUGUUAAGAAGAGAAGCUUCAAUAGAAUUACAGCAAUUCCUUCAACAAAAUGUAUAUGAUAAAUUAAUUGAUAGUUUGAACAAGGCACAAUGGGAUGAACAACCUACAGGACCACCGUUUAUAAGAAGAUAUCAUAUUAUUACAAAUAAUGCUACUAGCGAAUCACCGGACAUUAAUAUUACAUCUCCUUUUCAUCAAUAUAUUUAUAACUUUUUUAAAUCAACAAUUUUCACAAGCUACCUCGCACAAAUAACUCGAUACAAUAUUAGCAGAAUAUCCUCAGAAAUUCGACAAUUUCAAUCUGGUGAUUAUACUUUAAUUCAUGAUCAAGCGUUAGAUGCUGUAGGUUUAGAUAUAACCCUUUGUUGUAUUGAAGAAGAUUGGAAUAACGAGUGGCAAGGAGGAACACAUUAUGUUGCUCGCGAAGAAGAAUUGCUGACUAUUUGGCCAAAAAAGAAUACACUAAGUGUGGUAGUGAGAGAUGCUGGAACUAUGAGAUUUGUCAAAUAUGUGAAUUCUAAAAAUAAGAUCCUUCUAGAUUUUGCGAAAUUUAUGAUAAAAUUAUUAUCAAGAAGUACUUCAGAUCAAAUGAUAUUUGAUAUGAUUUAG